UCACUGCACGCACCGGAAGUUCCGCCUGCGGCAUGCUGGGGGAUGUAGUUCCUGCAGGGGAUACUUCCGUCUACAGUGAGCUGUAGAGUCACAUUCUUCCACGAGCUGGCGACAUUACCUUAGUAUUCAGCUGUUGACUUUGUAGCAAUGUGGUCCCUAAAUAUAUACAGCACUGCACAGCCCUAGACAUCCAUGCCAAGACUUCUCUGAGCAGAUGGUUACGAUGCCCGAAAGAAUCUUGGUACACUGAUACUAUUGAACAUGAGAACAAAAAUGGGAUUGUUGUAGGAAAUCAAGACGUUUGGCAAAUAUGGAACUACAGACUCUGAAAGACAUGCUGUACAAAGCCUACGAAACAUCCCUAACUUCAGAAGAUGAUUCAUCUGUGCUCCAAAGACACUAUGCAGCUUUUCAGGAAAGGUUUUUCCAGAUGUGCGACAAGGAAGUCACCAAAGUCAAUACUUUUCAUGCAGAAAAGCUUGCUGAAGCUCACAGAAGAUUCAUAACAUUGGAAGCAGACCUAGAUGUGGUGAUGGAGUCCCAGGAAGUCACAAAGUCUCCAUCUUUCCAAAAGCACAGGAGGAGCCCUCACAGAUUCUAUACACACAGAGCGCAACACAAAACACUUUGCGAUCUCAAACUUGCCUUCAGCGAACUCUAUCUCAGCCUUGUGUUACUGCAGAACUACCAGAAUCUAAAUUACAUGGGCUUCGGUAAGAUCACAGAAAAAUACGACAAACUCUUUGGAACCCAGAGAGGGAGUGAAUGGAAGAUGUUAUGUGUGGACACUUCCCCGUUCUACACCAGCAAAAAGAAUGACCAACUUAUUCAAGAAGUGGAGUCACUUUUUACAAACCGUUUGGAGGGAGGAAAUAGACACAGAGCUAUGAAGAGACUACGGGUACCUCCUCUUGGUGCUGCUCAGCCAGCUCCAUUUUGGACCACUUUCCGUGUUGGGGUGUUCACUGGUCUUGCCAUUGCCUUUACAUUGCUGAUUUCCAUGACAGUGUUUCACACAUCCAGGCUGAUCACAUUGUGGCCUCUUUUGAGACUGUACAGAGGAGGAUUCCUGAUUAUCGAGUUUAUCUUCCUUUUGGGGAUCAAUAACUACGGCUGGCGCAAGGCUGGAGUGAACCACAUACUCAUCUUUGAGCUGGAUCCCAGAGCCAACCUCUCCUACUUUCACUUAUUUGAGCUGGCUGGCUUUUUGGCAGUGACUUGGUGUAUAAGCGUGCUUAGCUGCUUGUACAGCGCAGUUCUUCCAGUACCUGUGCAGAUCAUCCCAUUGUUAUUCUACAGCUUCCUGCUCCUACUCUUAAUAAAUCCCACAAAAAUCUUAUACUACAGGUCACGGAUGUGGUUACUCAAGUUAAUAUAUAAAGUGGCAUCAGCUCCAUUCCACAAGGUUGGGUUUGCAGAUUUCUGGCUUGCGGACCAGUUAAACAGUUUGUCUCCUGUUUUUGUGGACUCCUGGGCACUGUGCUGCUAUUAUAUAUUAGAUGUGAACUGGCAAGACCCUCAUUCCUUGUCCCUGCAUCCUCCAGAUGUGAGUUGUACAAGUACCUACCCACUCAUAACCAGUUUACUUCAGUGUGUCCCCCCUUGGAUAAGGUUUGCCCAAUGUCUAAGAAGGUACUGGGACAGCCGAAAACUAUUUCCACACCUGGUCAAUGCCGGAAAAUACUCUACAGUCUUCAUUAUGGUGACAUUUGCCUCUCUCGCUGCCAGCGAAAAAGAGUGGCCCUCCGUGAGUACAGGAGGGAAUAUUUAUUUCUACGCCUGGAUAGCAGCAGCCUGCGUGGGCACUCUAUUUACCACCAUGUGGGAUCUUAAGAUGGACUGGGGAGUGUUGGAGCAGAACAGUGAAGAAAACCUGCUCCUCAGGGGUGAGAUGGUCUAUCCUAAAAAAGGGUAUUAUUACUGUGCUAUGGCUGGAGAUGUCCUGCUGAGGAUUUCAUGGGCAGCCAAUAUAUUUUAUGCCCAAGACAGAUAUUCUGAGCUUGGUGAACUGUUGACUUUUGUUUUGGGUCCUCUAGAGGUUUUCAGACGCUUCAUCUGGAAUUUCUUCAGACUGGAGAAUGAACAUUUAAACAACUGUGGACAGUUCAGAGCCGUGAGAGAUAUUUCUAUAGCCCCACUCCAUGUGGACAGCCAAACCGCCCUUGAGCACUUAAUGGACCAAGAAGAUGGAGCAACAAACCACUUGAGAGGAAGAAGAAUCAGCAAGAAAAAUACUUUCUCUCUUAAAAGAUCUAAGAGGAAGGCGAGAGAGACCAGAGUCUGUGUGGAAGUAAAGUACGAGGAUUCCACAAAUACUAGAUUUAGAAAUUCCGUAGAAAGGACAUUGUCUAGGUCUCCGAAUGGUUCUCUGGAGCUUCAAGAAUGAGAUUUGCCAAUGUGGACAUUCCAUGGUCUCUUCUAGAUCAGAUAAAGAAGAUAAAUGUAUUUCUCCAGGCUUCAGCGUAUCUUGAGUUUGCUAUAGGCAGCAUUGUAGUAAGAAAAAGAAUAAAUCUGAUACCAGUCUUCAAAGUUAUAAUGAUGGAUAUUUAAUCAAAUAAACAUUUUUAUUCAUUAUUUUUCUUCAUUCUAUAUUUGCAACAAUAAAUAAAAUAUUACAGUGUUGUUAAAGCAAUAUAAUGUUGUCUGUUGCGGAUAGGUACAGUAUAUAAAUACAAUCAUACAAUAGGCCAGGUAAAUAUGUACAACACAGAACAGUGCUUUUUGUAUGAUAGGGUGUCGCACACAUGAGUGUCCAUUCCCCUUAGAAUUGGUCUACCUGCAACUCCACUCAAGUAAAAUAAAGUACUGCCCAAUAAUUUGUACGUGAUUUGGUUGCACUUUAAUCAGUGUUGUAGAAUUAUGGGAAAAUAAUCUAACUUUUCAAAUGUCUUUUUUGAUCAUAUCAUAACACAUGUUGAAUUUCCAGUGCAUGCAAGUGACAUACUUAUGUGUCAAAGUCAUGUUCUUGUGUCAAAAUCAUUUUCUGCACAAAGAUGUCUUACAAAUAUGUCAAAUACAUUUCCAAGAUAAAAAAAGUAGAUAUAACCCUUUUUUACUACAGAAGUCAUUUGUACAAUAAAUCACGUAAUUGAUCAAUAUAUGAUGAAUUCUAUGGUCAGAGAGCAGCUGUUUGAUAAAAAUUAAGAAAAAGUAAAUAUAUUUAAUCAUUUUGCUGUGAAAUAUUACAGAAAAUAAACUCAGUUUGUUAGCACUGCA